UACAGAUAGGAUGACGUGUAUGUAUGGGUCCUUCGGACUUCCGGGUAUACAUAGACAUAUUGCAAGCGGAGUCGUCUCGCCUAAAAGAUGUCAAAAGUAACGUUUAAAAUCACGUUGACGUCGGACCCCCGGCUUCCAUACAAAGUACUAAGUGUUCCAGAGAGCACGCCAUUCACAGCAGUUUUGAAAUUUGCUGCUGAGGAGUUCAAAGUGCCACCGGCAACUAGUGCAAUAAUUACAAAUGACGGAAUAGGAAUCAACCCUGCCCAGAUAGCAGGGAAUGUGUUUCUAAAACAUGGCUCAGAGCUGCGCCUCAUUCCCAGAGACAGAGUGGGAGGACAAGGAGACUGAUGCUGCUUUUUGUUGAUGGCAUAAUGACUCACCAGGCAGAAUCAUAUAACAUCUGAGACCCAGGAAACACCUCAGCGUUAUUUUCUAGCCCACAGCUGACAGUGACUCACAAGAGAAUAUAUAUAUUUAAACUUGAUGAUGACAUGCACACACUUGCAACCUCCCUGCUUCUUCAUGCUCAGUCAAGUUUUUUUUAAUUUCUUCUUCUAAGUGUAUUCGCAUGAAAAGACUGAAGUGACAUCAACAGUACUGAGUAAUUAAUAAACACAAACCACAACAGCUGCUUUCUGGUUAAGAUUGUAGCUGAAAUUAACAAACACUUCCGAGAUCAGUUAUAGGUUUUGUAUCUUUGCAAAUGACAAUAAACAAUCAGUGUGACUAACGGCUCUAUGUCAGGCACUUAUUGUCAGACAGGGAUUCCUCAAACACUCAAUAGUCAUCAUGGGCUUUGUACUGAGCUUGUAUUGUGGAGCUUCUAUUCCAAAACUAAAAACUUGUAUGCACAUAUAAAAUAAUUUGGCUUAUGUAAAGAAAAGCGUUUGUUCAUCUGUCAAACUGCAAGCAUGUGGAUCUUUGCUGCCCUCUGCCAGGUUGCAUCUUAACAUCCGUUUGUAGUCAUCCAAAUGCUUUUCCUCUUUAUUCCAAAUAAUGUCCCAUCUUCACACAAUAAAUGUUAAAAAAAAAUUCUUUCUUUUUAUUUAUGUACUCCUAGCUAUAAAAGGAGCCGAAGAGCUGGUGGUCAGAUAACAAGGCAGGCAUCCAAAAAGCUUGGAUUUAAAUGCAGAGGCUCCCAGAACUGCCGAGUUUGGUCCAGCACCUAAAAUACUGGUUUUCAUCUGAGAAACAAAUUGAAGUAUUUGAUUGUAGUCUUUUGUGCUUUGUCUUCUGUUUUUUCAGGAUCAAUAGAUGGAUUGAAAAUGUACUUUCAUAUAUGUCGCCAGUUAAUUCUAGUCCAAAAUAAAAGCAUGACUGAAAGGUA